AUGGUUAUUCCUGAAAAACAUGAAGUAUCUAAACCGGAUUAUGCUCAACUCUGUCUUUCUAUCACUAAAUUGGGAGAUUUACCCACCAUCAACUUAUCAAAUUGUACCCUCAACAUCCAUUCACUGGUUGAUCCUUAUGGUAGUUAUAAUGUUCCUGUUGACGAAUCCCCAAGUAAUAAUGGUGUCUGCAAUAAUUCUCUUCAAAAUGUUGCUAAUAUGAGUCUCGAUUCUACUCAAGAUAUUUCUCAAAUGGGUGGAUCUAACAAUUCUCAGCUUGGUGAUAGUUCUGUUCCUACCACUCAGGUAAACUCAAAUCCUUCUUCCCCUGUUAUUGACAAUCUUAAUAUUUCUAGUCCUAUCAAUCAUUUCACUGUCAACAAUGUCAACAUGGCUUGCUGGAAUAUUAGAGGAUUUGGAAAGAGAACUGUUAAUAAGGAACUUAACAUGCUGUGUAGAAACAUAAACCCUGAUAUCAUUUUUCUGUCGGGAACAAAAAUGAAUAAAGAUUUGGCUGCUAGAGGAUUAAGGAACAUGGGUUUUCCUUGCAUUUUUAAUGUCCCAAGUAUUGGGAGGAGUGGCGGUCUUGUGCUUGCUUGGAAAAAAGAGAUCCACCUGAACAUUAUUUCAUCCAGCUUGAGGGGCACUGAGGAUAAGAAUGGUGGUCUAGAAGUUGAUGACUCUGAUUUUGAAUACCUUAGAAAAUUUUGUUCUGCGUUUAACUUGCAUGAUCCUGGUUUUUCUGGUCCUAGGUUUACUUGGUCCAAUAUGCAACAAGGUCCUGAUCUUAUUCUUGAAAGAUUGGACAAAUUUCUUAUUAAGCCCUUCCACUUCAUGGAUAUGUGGAUUGAAGACCCCACUUGUAGAGAUAUUAUAGCUAAUUUUUGGUCUGUCAAUGUGAUAGGUUCCCUUGCCUAUAAGCUUAAAGCUAAACUUCCGAGUACCAAGAAAGGUCUUAGAGAUUGGAAUAAAUCCUCAUUUGGUAAUAUUCAAACCAAUAUAUCUACUACCAGGGAAGAGAUAGUUGAUAUCCAAACUUCCAAUCAUACUAAUUUUAGCUCUAUACCUAGACUUAGAUCUAGAUUAGAGUAUCUAUACAAUCCAGAUGAACUCUAUUGGAAGGACAAGUCUAGAGAGGUCUGGCUUAUGAAAGGUGACAAAAACUCACCCUAUUUUCAUAGAGUUACCCUCUUGAGAAGAAAGAGAAACGCUAUUAGUUGGAUUAAGGAUUCUUCUGAUACUAUUCAAACUGAUAGAAAUAGUAUUGGUACGUCAUUUAUAAAUUACUUCAAAACUCUUUAUUCUUCCCAUCCCCAACUAUUCCAGGAUAAAAUCCUUCAAUACCUUCCUGUCAAGUUCUCAGAAGCUGAUAAUGCUCAUCUAAAUUCUCCUCUUUCCCCAGAGGAGAUAAAGAAUGUUGUUUUCCAAAUGAGAGGAUAA